AUGUACUCUCAUCUCCCAGCCCAGGGUACCACCGCCACGAUCGCCCACUGCAAGGCGCAAGAUCUAGCUAUCGUUGAUCGUCUUAUUGAGCCUCAAACCAUCGUACACUUCUUGGAAUUUGCUCUUGGUCAAGGCCCACUUCCAAAUGGCACUCAACCAACUGUGAUUCGCAUGAAACCAGAAGAAAUCUCUUCUAUUCAGACCAACUUCCCCCCUGGAUCAAAUGGCCACUCCAUCCUCGAUCGCGUUAUGACGCGAAUCGGGUCCGAGGAAGAUGGAAAACGCCUGUGCCUGAUCGGCAAGAACAUCCAAUUCCUGAAGAGGCGGCUAUGGGAGGGCGUCAUCCCCAUGACCCAACAGCGAUGGCAAGAAAAGCAGCUCGACCAGCCAGAGCAUUUUGAUUUCGCCUGUCAGCACCUCAGUGCUGUCAUCGCUGUGUUUCAAUAUCUGAAUGAGCCAACAGUCAGAAACUAUCUCUGCAGCACGUUCAACUUGAUCUAUGACCAUUGGACCGAGUUGGAUACUUUGCUCAAUCAAGCUAGAGCAGAGAAGGGCGAGGAGCGCAUCAACGUCGCUGCUCUCUGGACAAUGUACAUGGCCGCGCUGUUUGAGAUGAUGACUGAGCGGGCUCACAGAUGGGUGAUAGUAAACGUGAAUGCUCUGCGCACUCCCCUCAUGAAUACCCUGAUUGAAUAUCGCCCAGUGGACGAAAGCGCUGGUCCGGAUCAAUUUCAAUGGAAACUCACCGAUUCUCUUCAUAUGCUGUCGCAGAUCGGCGCAGAUGCAGAUUACACCAUCAUGAUUCCCAUGGAUGGAUUCAAGGGAUACACCAUUCCUAAGCGGACUGGUCCAAAGGGCCUGCUUACUGAGGACUGUUACAAGCGGGGAAAGGCAUACCACGAUCGCUUGAAGCUCCUUACUCGUGAGUACAUAUAUAGAGGAAUUGUGGAAUCAAAUUCCUCGGGUCUUGGAGGACAUCGCAGAGAGAAUUCUGGGAGGUCAUACCAUGAGUCAGGCGUGGCUCAGAUCCAGGGUCAGGCCCAAUUGAGAUUAGAAACGCGUGGGCCGCCAGUUGAGCCUAUCCCACGGGAGCCAUGGAUUACAUCUAGCGAGAAGAUGAUUAAGGCGUCAUUGGAGAAGAACAAAGAUGAAAAAUUCGGGAUGGCUGUUUACCGGCUGACCUAUGGUCAGACUGAGGCUGAAUGGACGGCAUUUGUCAAGAAGCUGGAUGCACACGUCUCUGACUGGGGAAAAGGUCAGACUGGUAGCAGUGCUAUCAAGCCAAAUCUUAAACUUCACUGGUUUGAUGGAAAUGAUCUUGGUAUUCCUGAAAACGAUAUCGAUGCAGCCAAAAAACACUUUAACAGCACAAUGAACAAAGACGAGGACCCCGAAAACCCACAGCUACAGACGAGAGCCUUCUUUGCCAUUGACUCGGCGUCCUAUGCUUCAUAUGUCACCAAUUUGUACGGCCCCUCAACACCAACGGUCAUUCCAGGUGACUUCACAGGAUUCCUUCUCGCAGUUGACCCCGACUUCGAUCCAGAAGAUGGCAUCGAGCGUCCAGACGAAUCACCAGAGUACAUUGGUCAAAUGCGUGUUCUAGGUAGCCUCAUCUGGAGCGAUCUGUACUCAUUGUUCUCAGCCCAGGCAGUCCAACUCGAAGACUUCUGGCCACUGGCAAUGGAACAUCCCAAUCAGGUGUACGUCGGGCCGACAGUACCAUGGCAGCUAUACGGCUGGAGACACCAGAGUCAAAUGCGUUGGCUGUUGAUACGAGAGCUAGUGAACGACUGGAAACGCAAGAUGGGACAACAACCAGAAUUGCCUCAUCCGCCGGUACCAGUACAGGAAACAGAACCGACGGCCGUGCCUUUUCCACACGCUCCAGUACCAGAACCAGCAUCAACAACAGCAGUCCCACCAACAUCAGUACCGGAGCCACAGCAACCAGAAUUACCCAGACCUAACCAGAACAAUAUUCCUGUUUCGCUAGAAGCGGCAAAUCCACCCGAAGAAAAUCCUCACGUUGAUACCGCCCUUCGUUCAUAUAUGCUGAACGAUUUCCGGAGAUACCUGCGUGCCAAUGGUCAGGAUGUUCAGGCAGCUAUGGCUACUGAACUGCUCAGUCUACAACCUGGUGAGCAGCCAGACGGGGAGCGUAUGCGACGGCUGGCGGAUGAAGAACAGCAGCGACAGGAACAGCGGAGGAGAGAUGGACUACCUCCAAAUGAUGAGGAUCGUGGGGAGUAUCAGCCUGAAUGUCCGUUGCAGUAG